UAUGAAGCGAAAAGCGAAAUCAUUUGGAAAGAGGAAGCAAACAAAAGUAUCAGCAGCAAAACUCUCCAAUAAACAUCUUAAUAAAUUAGCCAAACAGGGAAAACUAAAAAAAAAAUUACCCAAAAAUAAGCUAAUUAGACUAUUAAAAGAACGUAUUAAUCCAAAUGCAAAGCCUGAGGAACAGAGGGAUACGAGAUUAAUUGAACCACUUGCUGAGGAUAUUCCGCUUCAGGAGGCUGAUUAUGAAUUUUUUGAUUCAAAGAACAGAAACUUGGAUUUUUUAUCUGCUAUUUCCACGGAGCAAAACUCUAAUAAACGUAAGAGGAAAAAGAAAAAAGAUGAGGUAGAAAACGACUCGAAUUUGGAAGAUAAGUAUGAAAGUAGGCGACUAAAACAACCGCGUUUAGAGACGAAAGCUCUCCUUCCGAUAAAGACUAGCAGAGGUCUUAAAGAACGUACAGAAGAAGUUGAAGUUGAAGAGCAUGAAGAGUCUGAUGCCGAAGAAAAGGAUAACACGGAAGAGGAGAAAGUUGAAAUUGAUGAUGAGAUAGGAUUAAGUAGCGCGCAAAUUUAUGCUCUGAGAGCGAAGAAAGUUCAAGCAAUAAAAAUAAACGUUGCUAAAUUAUCGCUUUCUGUUAUAGAAAAUCCUGAGGAGAAUAUAAAAUCUUUGAGAGAAUUAACAAUGAUGUUGGACACAACUCAUUAUCGAAUUCGUACUCAAGUUUAUAAAAUUGUUCUAUUAUCUUUGUCGGAAAUUUACAAAGAUAUUACACCUGGAUAUAGAAUUCGAAGAGCGACAUCAUCUGAACUUAGACAAAAGGCCAAGAAAGAAACUAAAAAAUUAUGGUCAUUUGAAGAUCAACUUCUUAAUCUCUAUAAGAAAUUCUUAGAUGUUCAAUUUAAUUUAAUGCGCGGGCAAAAUCCAGUUAAGAAGAAAAAGAGUAAAACUGAAGAAAAAGAUUUCUCCCCGGAAGAUUAUAAGACUUUGAAAGGGAUAGCUCUUCAAUGCUUAGGUGAAAUGCUUGUCAAUCAUCCUCACUUUAAUUUUCGGACUGAAAUAAUUUCAACAAUUGUUCCAGUAUGUUCUAUUUCAAAUGCAAAGAUGGCCACAACAGCUUGCGAAUAUAUAAAGAAACUGUUCAAGCAAGAUAAAAGUGGCGAAGUAACACUAGAAGCUGUUAGGUUUAUUGGAAGAGUAAUAAAGAAAAGAAAUUUCAAUAUUCAUCCUCGAAUUCUUAAUGUUUUUCUUUCUCUUCGCUUAUCCGAAAGUAUUAUUAAGGAGAGUCAAGAAAAGGAGACGAAAGAGGAACGACUUAGGAAAAAGAAAGCUAUGUCUAAAAGAGAGAGAAAGAGGCAGAAAAAUUUUCAAGAAUUAGAAAAACAACUAGAAGAAGCUGGUGUUGAAGAAAAUAAUAAAAGAAAGGGAAAAAUUCAAACUGAAACUAUUCAAUUGGUUUUCUUAACUUAUUUUCGCAUUCUUAAGUUUCACGUUAAAUCGAACUUGUUAGCAGCUGUCUUAGAGGGCUUAGCGAAAUUUGCUCAUCUAAUAAACUUGGACUUCUUUGAUGAUUUAUUUAAUCUUCUCAAACAAUUGAUAGAAGAAGUAGACCUUGGAUUAACUGAAUCGUUGCAUUGUAUUCAUACUGCAAUGACUAUUCUAUCCAGUGUCGGAGAUACUUUAAAUAUUGAUCCUAUUGCAUUCUACGUUCAUCUGUAUAUGUGUUUGCCGAAAGUAAAUGAUUUGAGUAAAUCUGACAUCUCGGAUGUUCUUCUAAACUGCUUCGAACAAAUGAUAUGUAAAAGAAGAAAACAAGUACCACUGUCAAGAUUUUUGUCUUUCAUCAAAAGAUUUUCAACUGCUAGUUUGCAACAAGAUUGUGGAGUUACUUUUAAAAUCAUUCAAAAUUUACACAACGCUCUGAACUUGGACUCAAGGGCCUUACAUCUCCUGCAAACUGAUAAUGAGUUGAUAGGUUCUAAUUAUACCCCUGAAUCCGAUCAUCCAGACUAUUGUCAUCCAGAGAGUACCGCUUUAUACGAAAUAGGCCUUUUGCAAAAACAUGUAAAUGAAACAAUAAGACAGUACGUGUCUUUCCUCGCUGGUGAAGGGUCAACUACAGCUGCUAGAUUAAAAUUCAAUCAAAUUGAAGAAAACCUUGACGAAAGAAUUUUUAACUUUUUAGAAUGGAAUAAGAAAACAUUGAACUUAUCCAACAAGCAAGCUAGAAUUAUUUCAAGCCAGGAAUCAAAAGUCUAUAAGAAGUUAGAAGAUGAAGUUAAAAACCUCUAA